AGAUUGCAGUUAUAGAAGAUAGACACCCAGGAGAUUUUGCCUUUCGCCAUGGCUCAGUUUGGAGGACAGAAGAAUCCCCCUUGGGCUACUCAGUUUACAGCCACUGCAGUAUCUCAGCCAGCUGCUCUUGGUGUGCAGCAGCCAUCGCUGCUUGGAGCCUCUCCUACUAUAUACACCCAGCAGACAGCACUGGCAGCAGCAGGCCUAACUACACAAACACCAACGAACUAUCAGCUCACUCAGACAGCUGCUUUACAGCAGCAAGCUGCAGCUGCAGCAGCUGCGUUACAGCAGCAAUAUUCACAACCUCAGCAGACUCUCUAUAGUGUACAGCAACAGUUGCAGCAACCUCAGCAGACCCUUUUAACUCAGCCUGCUGUUGCGCUGCCUACCAGUCUUAGCCUGUCUACUCCUCAGCCAGCAGCCCAGAUAACUGUUUCUUAUCCAGCGCCCCGGUCAAGUCAGCAGCAAACCCAACCACAAAAGCAGCGUGUCUUCACUGGGGUAGUUACUAAACUACAUGAUACAUUUGGUUUUGUGGAUGAAGAUGUCUUUUUUCAGCUUAGUGCUGUUAAAGGAAAGACACCUCAGGUGGGUGACAGAGUUUUGGUAGAAGCUACUUACAAUCCUAAUAUGCCAUUCAAAUGGAAUGCACAAAGGAUCCAGACACUUCCAAAUCAGAACCAGGCACAAGCUCAGCCGUUACUGAAGACGCCUCCCGCAGUUCUUCAGCCCAUUGCACAGCAGACUGCAUUUGGUGUUCAGGCACAGCCACAGCCACAGUCCUUGUUGCAGGCACAGAUAUCAGCAGCUUCAAUCACACCUUUGCUUCAGACACAACCUCAGCCAUUACUGCAGCAGCCCCAGCAGAAAGGUGGUUUGUUACAGCCCCCUGUUCGUCUAGUUUCACAGCCUCAACCAGCUCGAAGAUUAGACCCACCAUCCAGAUUUUCUGGGAGGAAUGACAGAGGAGGAGACCCUAUGCCAAACCGAAAAGAUGACAGGAGUCGUGAAAGAGAACGAGAGAGACGUAGGUCCAGGGAAAGAUCACCCCAGAGAAAACGCUCCAGAGAGAGAUCACCUAGACGAGAGAGGGAGAGAUCACCUCGAAGACCGCGACGUGUUGUUCCUCGCUACACGGUUCAGUUCUCCAAGUUUUCAUUGGACUGCCGCAGCUGUGAUAUGAUGGAGCUGAGGAGGCGUUACCAGAACUUGUAUAUCCCCAGCGAUUUCUUUGAUGCUCAGUUCACGUGGGUGGAUGCUUUUCCUAUGUCUAGACCAUUUCAGCUGGGAAACUACUGUAAUUUCUACGUAAUGCAUAGAGAAGUAGAUCCUAUAGACAAAAAUGCUGCUGUCCUUGAUCCACCUGAUGCUGAUCAUCUAUACAGUGCAAAGGUGAUGUUGAUGGCUAGUCCUAGCAUGGAAGACCUUUACCACAAGUCAUGCGCUCUGGCUGAAGAUCCCCAAGAACUUCGUGAUGGAUUUCAGCAUCCUGCUAGACUUGUAAAGUUUUUAGUGGGUAUGAAAGGCAAAGAUGAAGCUAUGGCUAUUGGAGGACACUGGUCCCCAUCCCUGGAUGGACCUGAUCCAGAAAAGGACCCUUCCGUGCUGAUAAAGACGGCUAUUCGCUGUUGCAAGGCUCUUACAGGGAUUGACUUAAGUGUGUGCACACAAUGGUACCGUUUUGCAGAGAUUCGCUACCAUCGCCCUGAGGAGACCCACAAGGGGCGUACAGUUCCAGCUCAUGUGGAGACAGUGGUUUUAUUUUUCCCGGAUGUUUGGCAUUGCCUUCCCACCCGCUCAGAGUGGGAAACCCUCUCCCGAGGAUACAAGCAGCAGCUGGUCGAGAAGCUUCAGGGUGAACGCAAGGAGGCUGAUGGAGAACAGGACGAAGAGGAAAAGGAUGACGGGGAAGCUAAAGAGAUCUCUACACCUACGCACUGGUCUAAACUGGAUCCGAAAACAAUGAAGGUAAAUGACCUUCGCAAAGAAUUGGAAAGUCGAACCCUUAGCUCUAAAGGACUGAAGUCCCAGUUGAUAGCUCGACUGACAAAGCAGCUGAAAGUAGAGGAACAAAAAGAAGAGCAAAAGGAGCUAGAGAAGUCUGAAAAGGAAGAGGAAGAGGAGGAGGAUAGGAAAUCUGAAGAUGACAAAGAGGAAGAGGAGAGAAAACGUCAAGAAGAAAUGGAACGUCAGCGGCGGGAGAGACGAUACAUCUUGCCUGACGAACCAGCAAUCAUUGUCCAUCCUAACUGGGCAGCAAAGAGUGGGAAGUUUGACUGUAGCAUUAUGUCUCUCAGUGUUCUUCUGGACUAUAGAUUAGAAGAUAAUAAAGAACAUUCCUUUGAGGUAUCAUUGUUUGCAGAACUUUUCAACGAAAUGCUUCAGAGAGAUUUUGGUGUCAGAAUUUACAAAGCACUGAUCUCCCUCCCAGAGAGGGAAGAUAAAAAAGACAAAAAAAGCAAAAAAGAUGACAGAAAAGAAAAAAAAGAAGAAAAAGAUGAUGAAACAGAUGAUCCAAAACCGAAGAGGAGAAAAUCUGGAGAUGAUAAAGACAAAAAAGAAGAUAGAGAUGAAAAGAAGAGGGAAGAUAAAAGGAAAGAUGAUUCUAAAGAUGAAGAAGAAACAGAAGAUGACAAUAAUCAAGAAGAAUAUGAUCCAAUGGAGGCAGAAGAUGCUGAAGAUGAAGAUGAAGACCGGGAUGAAGAGGAAAUGAACAAACGGGAGGACAGAAGAGAGGGAAGUAGGCAUUGUAAAGAGAGGGCAUCUAAAGAUAAAGAGAAAGACAAGACGCAGAUGGUCACUGUUAAUAGGGAUCUUCUGAUGGCUUUUGUGUACUUUGAUCAAAGUCACUGCGGAUAUCUUCUGGAGAAGGACAUGGAGGAGAUACUGUACACUCUUGGUCUACACCUGUCACGUGCUCAGGUCAAGAAGCUACUUAAUAAAGUAGUGCUUAGAGAAUCUUGCUUUUACAGAAGACUAACAGACACUUCUAAAGAUGAAGAAAACCAAGAGGAGUCUGAAGAGCUACAGGAAGAUAUGUUAGGAAACAGAUUACUAUUACCAUCACCUACUAUAAAACAAGAAUCAAAAGCCGUAGAAGAAAAUGUUGGCCUCAUUGUGUACAACGGAGCUAUGGUGGAUGUUGGCAGUCUGUUGCAGAAGCUGGAGAAGAGUGAAAGAGUGCGGGCAGAAAUAGAGCAAAAGCUUCAGUUACUCGAAGAAAAAACAGACGAGGAUGAGAAGACCAUACUACAGGUGGAGAACUCUAACAAAAGUCUGUCUACGGAGCUCAAAGAAGUGAAAAAGGACUUUGGCCAACUACAAGAAAAAUUGAAGACAUCGGAUGAUAAAAAUUUGCAAUUUGAGAGUCAGCUGAAUAAGACAAUCAAAAAUUUAGCUACUGUUAUGGAUGAAAUACAGUGUGUUCUUAAACAGGAUGUUGUGAAGAUAGAAGAUAAAGAUCAGAAAUCCAAAGAAAACGGAGCCAACGUAUGAUAAAGCAGCUGCUGUUUAGACGAAUGGUGUUACAUAAUGUAAUAUAAAUCAUGAUACCAGAAUGUAUGGGAAGUGAUGCAUGUUUGAUUUUAGUAGUAUAAAUAUCUUAGUUCCAAAAGAUGUAUAAAGUUUUAUGAAUGUGAGUGUCUGCUUCUGAAGAUUGCUUGUAAUUCUUAGCAUUCGAUUUGAGACACUCCUUGAGUGAAAAUAAUUUUGCAUUGCAAAAUGUUUUAGGAUGAACUUUGUUAUAGUUUUAAUCCUAAUAAAGUUCAUCGACAGUAGCAAGUAUUUAAUUACCAAAUGUUUUUCAUUAAAGUCUAGUGAAAACAAAAUUUUCAUUAUUUAUAGAAUUGCCAUUUUUAGGUUUUUAUUUUUGUUUUGGUCUAAUUAGUUUUUUAAAAUUCAAACGUAAAUCACAAAACAGCAUGCUGCUUAAUUUUGCAAGUAAAGAUUUUUUUUUUUAAGAAAGAAAAAAAAGCUUCUUGGAUUUUUUUUUUUUUAACUUGUCACAACUUUCUUUUCCCUUCCAAAUGUAACUUUCUUCCCCAAAGCUGCUUCUGUUAAAGCCUCAUAAUAU